ACAGUACUCAACAACAGYAAUACUGAAUUCARCGUGUCUAUAACCAAGGAACAACUUGAAAGAAAAGACAACRUAAMCUGUACAUGGGCCUUUGAACUUGCAAAGGGUAGACAUCUAAAUGUAACACUGACGCCGACUGCAAAACAAGAAWGGUUCCAGGAAAGAUUAGAAGUCACAGGUGGAAAAAGCYUURAARAAAGUUUUCAAGAAAGUCUUAGUCGAGAAAACGUAUUGAUGUCGAGCUCCAAAAUAAAUGAAACAUUCAGAACGUUUAAUAAAGAAAUCUACUUGAYGUUUCGUCUCUUCCCUAAUCUAAAAGGAAAGAGUCGCAUAUUCAAGAUUCAACUUAAAACUUGGAUUCCAGUCAAAAUAGAAAUGAAAGAAAAACCAACAACAACAACAAACGCAACAACAACAACAACAACAGCCAUGUCCACAGUCUUGUCAAAUUUGUUGAGCACAACGACUGUCACUCAAGCUGUCACUGAAGCAUCUGUCUAUAACUCCCCCAAAGAGACCAAAAUCUCUACUUGGACCAUUUGGGGUGUGACAUUUAUAGGAACUGCAGCUGCAUUACUUUUGUUUUUUCUGUGCAUAUUUUGCAUUCGGAAGAAACUUAAAGCAAGAGCAUACAAAAGAAAACGAGACGAUUGGGAAAUUCAAUCCAGCAAAGUGGUGCUGCUAGAAGAACUCGGAGAAGGAGCGUUUGGUAAAGUAUGGAAAGGAUACGUCUGUAGGAAAGACCUUCUAAACAAGACGAUACCAACUGAAGCUGGUGGAAAACGUGGGUUCAGAAAAACUUCCAAACAGUCUAUGGUGGUUGCAGUAAAAACACCACACAGUGGUGUAGGCGAAAAAUGCACUGAAGAAGUCAAAAAUGAGCUUCUUCUAGAAAUCGAGUUUAUGAAGACUGUUGGAUAUCACAAGAACAUCAUCUGCAUGCUUGCUUGCUGCACGUUGGAGGAAAAUGUGCUUUURGUUGUGGAAUAUGCCGAAAAUGGAGAUUUAUUGACGUUCUUGAGGAAUACUCGGAAAAAGAUGGCCACAAGAAACUCUUCUGAAACUAAAUACGAUAUCCUUGAAGAUCAAGUCAGUGCAGCAUCCCAAGAUAACACAGACGAAGGCUUUCCAAUAGAAAAGCUACAAAGUGAUUUCAUCUCAUUUUCCUGGCAGAUUGCCAAAGGAAUGGAGUAUUUGUCAGCAAAAAGAAUUAUCCAUCGCGAUCUCGCUGCUCGUAACAUACUGCUAGCAACUGACAACCUGGUCAAAGUGGCUGAUUUUGGACUUUCUCGUCAAACCACGUACAAGUACCAAAUCUACCAGGCACAGGAACGUCGUAAGCUGCCUAUUAAAUGGAUGGCACCGGAAUGUAUUUUCGAAGAGACCUUUACAGCCAAAAGUGAUGUAUGGUCGUAUGGAAUAGUUCUGUGGGAAAUAUACUCUCUUGGUGGAGCUCCCUACCCAACUAUCUCUAACGCCCAGCUACCAAACCAACUGAGAAAGGGUUAUCGAAUGGAGAAACCAGACCUCUGCCCAGAUGACAUGUAUGAAGUUAUGAUGAAUUGCUGGAAAGGUCAAGUCGAAGAGCGACCCACGUUCACUGACGUCAUCCAAACUGUUGAGACCCUGAUGACACGUGACAAUCCGUACAUUGAGUUCACGGGAAUCGAUGAGAGUAAGGAGCAGUGUUAUUUGGUGCCGUCUUUCAAUAGUGCUCCCGAUGAUUCYGAAGAUGAAGAUGAAACAUUGGUAUGAGUUCCUUGAGGAAGAUGGGAUAAAAAAAGAGCAAACAGGAUUUAAAAAAACAAAUUCGCAUUAAGCGAUUGAAGUAGAAGUCUAAAUACUAUAUAGUGUAAUGAAUAUAAUAAUAACAAUAAUAAAACGGUGGCAGAAUGUCAAAUAACUCAUACUAAGUAAUAAUUGUCUUUGAUGGAAUAACAAACUGAGAAUAGAAGAAGAGGUAGAAGUUUCAUUAACAAUAUUAAUUAGUAAUCAUUAUAAAUAAAGUAUAUUCUCAAAAACGUCCUGACAAAGAAAAGACACACAUCCUGACAGAAAAAAAGGAUAAAACCUUAACAGGGACAACACUGCAGCUGUACUAAUUUUCUAAGUAAGCUUUUUUUGUGUUUGAAUAUAACUUUCUUGAUUGCUUCAACUCCAUCGAGUUUGUGACUAGGUAMCAAUCCCUUGUAAUGGGAUUGACGCACAAUGUUUCACUUUCAAAUUCAAAUAGACUUUGUGUUGAUAAUUAGGUUAGGAAUAGUCAGUCUAUUAAUUUCUAAUUCGUCGCAGAUGUGCUCCAAUAGUCCAAAUUAUGCGAACAAAAAAAUUAGUUUGAAUGUUAAUGUUGCUCAGCAAAUAAAAGACAGUUGCAUCAAAAAUCCAGAGUGAAUUUCCUGACGCACUAUWCUACGGUAAAAAGGGGAAAACAGGAAAUGUAUUGUACCUUCCUUGUUGGACUUUUGCUUAGUAUCACCGGAACAUCACAUACAAAUGGACAACAGAACUCACGAGUAAAAGUAACUAAUGCAGGUUGUUCUGGUAAAGGAAGGUCACACCAAAUCAAACCCCCAACUGUGUUGCGAUUCAAUCUCCGAAAAGCUUCUUAUGUUGAUCUAAAGAGACAWGUGAACUGUGAAUGGUUGGUGAAUGUGCCGUGUGAUAACGUGGUGUUCGUCGGAUUUAACAAUAUUUCGUCAUCAUCCAACCAGUCUCUUUGGAAGAACGACUGGCUUGAAAUUUAUGAUUCUACAUAUAAAACAAGAAAAAUAAAAUGGCGAUGUAAUAUGCAUGAAAUGCCGACAUUUUUGUCUUCAGGUCGCAACAUGUUCAUAAGAUAUGAACAUUCUCCCACAUCAAACGGAAAAGAAAGAAAUUUACAAAAUUUUGAAUUCACGGUUGAUCUGAAAGCAAUUCCAAUUAAUGACGCAAGAUGUCCGCCAUCAAUCGUGAAGAAACUUGACUCAAAAAUAAAUAAAGCCAACCACAUUAUGUCCCGGAAUUUUCCAAACUAUUCACGACUUGACCAGUUCUGUACAUGGCUGAUCACAUCGCCAGAGCAACAUGUAGUUCAUCUCCGAUUCCUGCACUUCACAAUAGAUGAUUCACUUGGAUGUGAUAAAAGUUACUUCGAAGCACGAGAUGGCGAAAGAUCUGAUAGUCCUGUAUUGGUGAAACUGUGCGGUAGCGACUAUAGAUGUCCAAUUGUGUCAUCGGGUCGUUACAUGUGGAUCAGAUACAAGACUGAAUUGUCUAAGAUGAACAUCUUCCGUGCAGCUUACACUGCCGUGG